AUGGUCGCAUUCGCGCCGAAUCUCGUUACCCGUCCUCCGUCCUGCCAUCCACGGAUCGCCCCUAACCAGAACCGCACCUGGCCUGCGUAUGGCUAUUCCCCGCAUUUGAAACUUACCGACAUCAGCCUCUCUCGUUCGAUUAGAAAUGUCUACCGUAUCGCAACCAUCCGGCGCUACCGCCAGCCCGUCCACCGGUUCCUUGCCCACGUUGCCCGCCCCCAAAUCACGCAAGAGCUUCCCCGUGUCGGCCGACUCCUCCCGCGUCUCUUCUCCGUCUCACUCCGCGAAACUGCGUUCGCCAUCCAGCCCACGACCAACGCUGACCAGAUCUUCGUUGUCGAAUCCGGCGUCGACUCUGAGCGCCUCCCGGUCGAUCCCCGGCACCCGGACCCCGAGCAGUCCAGAGAAGUCCCUGCGGAGGACGAUCAGUAUCGCGGCGUUUCCCCAACCUCCGAAAGCGGGAAGCCGCUCAUCCACCGCAUCGUCCGCCUCGGGGAUCCCGGGCAUCCACUCAUCCGGCAUUCCAAAGCCUCCUCCCUGCUCAAUGGAGGCGAGGGCAAAAUUGCGACGGCCGCGGAUGCUCGUGAGCAUGACGCUUCGCCGCCGCACAGCCGAAGCUCGUCGGCGCAAGGCUCCUAUUCAACCAGCGCAACGACCUUCGAGGAUGGAGAUGAAGCGACCGGCACGGCCAAGACCAGUUCAAAGGCGAAGGAAGUCAAAGGGAACGUCAUUGUCAGUGUGCGAGUACGACCUGACGCUAAUGGGAGUGACGGCGCAAAGGCCAGCGGCGAAUGGAUCGUCGAUGGUCGCCGGGGAUUGAUUUCUCAUCACGGAAAGGAAGCGGGUGAUUAUUACUACGAUAAUGUCUUUACUGCUCACGAGCAUAAUUCGCGAGUCUAUGAUUCGGCCGCCAAGCGCCUCGUGAGGAGGGUAAUGGAGGGAUACCAUGGGACAGUUUUCGCCUACGGUAUGACUGGAACUGGAAAGACCUUUUCCAUGCAGGGAACCGCAACCGCCCCGGGUGUGAUCCCCCUCGCGAUCACGGAUAUCUUCUCUUUCAUCAGAGAAACGCCGCAUCGCGAGUUUCUGCUCCGCGUCAGCUACCUGGAGAUCUACAACGAGAAGAUCCACGACCUUCUGUCUGCCUCCACCUCGGGCGGCACAAUGGCUCAGCAGGAAGAGAUCAAAUUGCGCGAGGACAGCAAACGAGGCGUGUACGCAACCCCUUUGAAGGAAGAAAUCGUGCAAAGCCCCACACAAUUGCUUCGCGUCAUCGCGCGCGGUGACCAUGCUCGGCGCACGGGAAGCACGCAGUUCAAUGCUCGCAGCUCCAGAAGUCACGCGGUGGUGCAGAUUGUCGUGGAAAGCAGAGAACGCGCCCCAACCGGUCCCACGCAGGACCGACGCUCCGGAAUGGCACCCGGGGGUGUCCGAGUGUCUACUCUCAGUUUGAUCGAUCUUGCUGGAUCAGAACGCGCUGCAGAUGAUAAAGAGCGGCGCACUGAGGGUGCACAUAUCAACAAGAGUCUUCUUACCUUGGGGAAUAUUAUCUCCAGACUGUCGGAAAGCAAAGAUAAGUCGGGUGCAGCCGACAAGGAGGGAAGACAUCUACCAUACCGUGACAGCAAACUCACGCGGCUGCUGCAACCGGCGCUGUCUGGAAAUUCGCUGGUUAGUAUCCUCUGCACCAUCCAGCUGGGUAGUGCAGCAAACUCCCACUCGGGCGAGACCCUCAACACUCUAAAGUUUGCCGCGCGUGCCAAGAACAAUAUCGUCAGCCAUGCCAAGAGAGCGGAAGAGGCUUACGGUAGUGGCGGCGGUGAUGCCGGUAGUCGGGUGCUUCUGGAACGUUACCGGAUGGAAAUCCAGGCCCUUCGUGGACAGCUCGAAAGCCAAACCAAGGCCCAGGCUGAGAAGGAACUCAAAUUGGAAGAGCAGCAGCUGGAAAAAGAGGCACAAGCGCGGCACGAAGAGCAGAUGCUCGAGAUGCAGCUCGCUCGGACUGCGUUGAAGGAGAGGAUCGAACAUUUGAAUCGACUUAUAUUGAGUUCGAAGUCGACCGGGGUGAAUAUUCAGGGCAGCAUGUCCGCACUCGGUCGACUAUCACGGAUGUCGUCUUUGGCGGAAUCCGGCUCGCGGUCGUUACGAUCCUCCGUGAGUCAAUCUACAUUGGGGGCGUAUGGCGGUAUGCGGCCAAUGUCUUUCCUGUCCGUCAACAGCAAUGACCCGUCUGUCUUUUCUGGCGGACCGAUGAACAAUGAUGACGAUGAUAUGGGCGAGUUUGCCGACGGGAAGGCCAGCGCGCAACGACAGAUUGCGGCCCUCCAGGCUGAUCUGAGCGAUAAGAAUCGCUACAUCUCCACCUGGAGAGACGACCUCGAGAUCAAUGAACUUCGCCAGCAGCUCGAUGACAAGGACCGCAUGCUGGCUGCACUCCGGUCCGCCGCCCGGCAUCGCGAAGUGGCCCACAUCAAUACAGAUACAUAUAGUACAGACGGGAAGGAAAAGAGCAAAUCCCCGGAGAAACGCCCGAGCAGCAUUAGUACGCCACCUGCUGACCCUGACGUGCUGGCCCCGUUACCCGGCGAAACCAAAGACGGACAGAGAAAGAGCAUGGAUGAAGUCUCGCGCAUUCUCGACGAGAUGAUUCAAGACCGCGUUGAAAGCGGCCAGUUGAUCAAGGGCUCCCGCGGUAGCGUUCGUAUCGCUGAGAGCCGGCGUGCCUCUGAUUCAGUGACUAAUGUACCGGGAUUGAGAACCGCGAGCUCGGGGACUGGGGAUCCAGAUACCGGCGUGGAUACGUGA